AUGGAGAUCAACGCCGUAGCAACAGCGUUACUUUCUGUGGUUUUCAUUUACUUACCGAUCGGAGUUUUCUCUAGUAUCUGCUAUCGUUUGAACCCUUUGUUGUUUGAAAGAUGUGUAAAUCUUGGCUACAACUACACUGCCAGUUUCCCUAAUGAUAUCAACUUUCAGGAGAAGACUUUGGCUUAUCAAUUGGAACAAGAUACAAGACUGUUCAAACAAUGCUCUCGACAUUUAGAUAUUAUGUUGUGCGCUAUUUAUGUCCCUAAAUGUGUUGAAGACGUUAACUUUCCCGUUCUGCCGUGUAGAGAAGUUUGUGAAGAUUUUGUAAGAGACUGCGAAGCGGAAGUCGUCUAUGAAAAAAUCGAAUGGAUUAAAGGCCUAUGCCGACUCUUGCCUUCGAUUCGAAAAGACAGGAAGUGCCUUAGACCGGCGAAUUAUAAACCUCGCGACAACACAACGGGUAAGUAAAAUUGAUUUUUUUACAGUAAAAACAUUGUCACGUUUCAGUGACUCGAGUUAUAUUGUGUUAAUAAAAUUCGUGUUGCUGACUAACGCUGACUGAAGACGAUAACAGAUAACGAUCGAUAUCAAGCACCUGACUGUACGGUGAAAACUGGCCAAAUCAAAUUUGAAUUCGAAAGCAGUUUAAGCACGUACGUGGAAUAAUAAAGGGAUUAUAUCCAAGAUCAACAUCUUCGUUGCAAUUAUUUUUUAAAUUUUAGUUUGUCCGAAUAAAUAUAUCGCCGUGUUAUAAACUCCUGAGUUGAUCCCACGUCGCUCCAGUUACAAGCCGCAUGCAAAUUUUUCAGAGGAAUCGUUUCCUUUUCAUUCUAAAAUUAGCAAGGAACAAUUCGCCGUACAAGUGGCACCUUUUUAAAACAAUAAUGGCACUUUCAUGACUAAUGCGUCUGCAUUCAUAUUGCUCAAAUUAAGGCUGUUUUCUAGUAAGAAGUUUGUAUUUGGCUUUUAACAGGUGUUUAUAGUGUUGGACAAUUGUCGAAAGAUUUGUACGCUGGUAGAAUAAUAAUAUAAAAAUUAACUUAACUAAAACAAUUUGACAACAAAUCCUACAUGUCACUUUUUUUUAACUAUAUAAAGGCUAUUUUAAGAUUGGAAAUUGAUCCAUGAUAAUUUACUCAGUUCAGUUACAAGAUGGGCGUUAAAUUUUAUGCCGUUAUAGCUACCAAAAGGAGUUCAAAAAAAUAUUUGUUGAAAAAAAUUCUUUUCAAACCAAAAAAUAAAAAAUGAAAGCUUCUACAAAUUUUCAAAAUGGUAUGAAAACAGAACAGAAAAAAAAAACUGUCACAUGAAACUCUUAGCGGAAAAAUAUAUUUCUCCCGGCUAACACCUGUUGAGGAGGGGAGCUAGGUACACUAAAUAAACAGCUGUUUCGCCAACCAGUCGUCGACGGCAAACGGUUUCCUAAAUAAACCAUAAAACUAAACUAAAACUGAAAAUACUGUAAUUUAAAGAAACUCUGAUAUAUCAGGUUAUUUAAAAAAAAAGAAAAGGAAAGAAAAAUGAACUUUAAAAGAAAAAUUUGUACAAGAAAUGACAAGAUAAAACGUGUGUAUGUCUUGCUCUUGAUGCACAAUAGACCUUGUAACGGUUUUGGAAGCCAUAUUGACGAGUAGGCAACCGCGUGAGAAAUUGCAGUGUCUGUAUGAGAAUCUAAUGUCAAAUAAUUUCCACAAAACGGUUGACGGUUCAAAAAAACAUGAAUUGUAAACCUAAGCUUCACACUCCUAAGGACUUUACUAAAAAAAGUUUGAGGGCGUUACAUGCAGCUACAUACGCAAGAACAACUUUCUAAAAUUGUCGAUACAUUUGUCUGCAAAAAUGUUUCUUCCUGCCCACUAAAAUUCCCGGAAGAAUUGCAGACAAAUAUGUGGAAAAUCUAAAACAAGCGUCUGGAGAAAUUUCAGCACAGGUUCGGCCCCAAAUCCUUUGCUGUGUAUUUGAAAUUAGAUUCUCAGGUACAAACACUCACGCGCUUGCCGACUCGUCAAGAUGGCUUCCAAAACCGUGACAAGGUCUAAAGGCAGCUGCUUUAGGUCCGAAGCUCUCAAGUUUACUCAACAGCCCAAAGAAAUCGCAAGGGGACGUUAUCUUUACAAACACUAAAAUUAAAUGAAUCCGACCAUGUUCUGUUCCUACCAUAAUGGAAAAUACCGGAAUUUUUUUAGUAUUUUGAAAUAAUUAUGAGAAUUUUAUUUUUCUUAUUCCCCUAUCGCCUCGAAAAACAGGUAAAUUCACGUAGAUUUUCCGAACACGCCACCUGUUGGUCAUAAUGCGAAAACACGUGAUACGCUACAUUGAAAAGUCCUGAUUAGAGCCCUGUCUAAACAUAUCUAGAUUUUUUUUUUUUGGCCUAGUCCCUGUACGGCAUUUACCCAGUAUCUCUAGGUCAAUUCACUUCGGUGGCGUAUCCAGGGCGAACGGGCGGGACCUCGUGAGCCGAAACGCUUUGGCCGCGCGGAAUAAUGAGGCCUAGGGACUACGCAAGAUAUCUUUUAACCGACAGAUUUUUCUUUGCGGAUUCAAAAAUUUCCACGUCCACACGUAUCUUAACUGUACACACGUUAUAAGACUUGAAACUGAAGUCCAAGAAGUAAAGAAGCGAUAACCUCAUGAACAUUGCGCUUGGCACUGUCUUGUGUAUUCACGGUUGAGGGAUUUAGCCUAACUUGUCCGCGUCAAAAAUGGACAAAAACCGUGAAAAGCUCUAUUGGGUGGCACUUGACCUCUGCAAAACAAAACAAAAUACUGCUACCAUUUUCGGUAGUCCUUCCUGCGGUAUGGCAAAAACCUCACCCUCAACUUGCUUGAUUAGAUCACUUUAAGUUACGUGUUGGCUAGCUACGUUCACACGGCAACGACCGAAUUUUCGACCGGUUGACACGGAAUUGUUCACCGCAGCAUGUUCACACGGAACCACCUGAACGGAACAAAAGUUUAGACGCCUAGUCGUUCAAAGUUCAUUGUAAACAGAGCAAAAAUAUUGAACGGUCCCAAGUGACCUAGGUGUCCGUCAAAUUAUUUAGCUGGUUAAAAAUUCGUCCAGAAACUUAUCAAGAUUCAUAAGUUAGGAGGUCCGCUUACGGAACCACGCAAAGCGUAUAAAAAAAUUUCGGCGCCUAGCCGCUCAAGAUGUGCACCCCAAAAACGAGGUCAAAUGUUUAACCGGUACGGUCGAAAAUUUGUCCAGUGUAAGCAGCACUGAUAGCCGUCUAAGGCGUGUCUGCAUGUAUGCGUGGCAACUCAGCUAGCAGCUGAGAGAGGUGUCUGCGUGGGAGGCUAGCUAGAAGAUGCCAUUGUGGAAUUGCUAAAGUAGCGCUUUGCGCAUGGGCAGACGGUAAAACUAUUGGAGAAAAUUCAACCUGGUUCGUUAUUUAUGUUUGAACAAAACGAAAAUAUUGAACGUUUCCAUGUGAACAAAGUAUCUGGUGUCGAAGUAUCGUAUUGAACAGUUCCAUUUCAACGAAGUGUGCAGUCAAAUAAUCCAUCCUGUCGAACUGAUUCGUCCGGUGAUAUGUGAACGGAGUCUAAAAUCCACGAAAAACCGGGGAGCAUGAAAUAAUGAAGGAAAAAAGAAUAAAACGUCGAAGUGUUCAGGGGCUCAAAAGCGGUCAUUAUGAGCUGGGUGAACGAUUUGAUUCCAAGGGCCUUUACGCUGUACACGAUACGUUAAUACAAGAUGCUCGGGUGGUGCCCGCUUUAUAUAAUUCAGUUUAUAAGUCAAAGAAGAAGGAUUGGAAAAAGAAGACGUUUCUCGUCUCGAGCUCAUAGAGACCAGACAAUCUAAAAGUUAUGAAGUAACGAAAUUUGACGGUUCAUUUAAGUGGCACCGAUAGUAUGAGUAUGACGAGAUGUUUCAAAACCAAUGCUGUGCAUGUUGAAAAAAAUAUCUCGAAAAUUCACCUCGGGCAAACAGCCUGAAUUCUGGACUUGUUUGUUUACUUGGCGAGGUCCCAAGUAAGAGCAUCGCAUCUAGUAAAAAACCCUUAAUUCCUAUUAAAACUAUUUAGUUUGAAGGUUAACUUGAAUUGUUUACUUUUUUUUCUCCCGAAGCUCCCAUUCUUCAGAACUGUGCCAAGCUGCGUAUGUCAUCAUGUUCUCAUCUCGGCUACACACACACCACACAAUCAAGUGACCUACAAUUUAUUCUAAACAAUGUGCUCAAAGGAAAAAACUUUGGAAAUCACUCUACGUGUUCGUCGACUAUUAAAAAUAUUCUCUGCGCGGAGUUCGCUCCGCCAUGCUUCCCCGAGCACAAAGAGAAAAUAGUACUCCACACGGUAUGCAAGUCCGAUUGUGAAAACGCGCGAAAAGAAUGCCCCGAGUUAUAUAGCAAGCAUUUUAGUGAACACAGCUUCUGUGAGCUAAUGGCAACAGAAAAGAGUGAUUUGGAAGGAUUUUGUAAGCUUACAAAAUGGCCGACUGCCGUACGGUGGCCGACACACCCAAAUCUCACGGGUAAGUAGAAGUAAUGGCUGUGCAUGACAAGGUUAGUCUGCUACGACUGCUACACAACCGUUUUUAGUGUCAUCACGCAAGGCUCCUCCCCAGAAGCGUUGCGUGACGACGACACUAAAACUGUGUAGCAGACCAUGCCAUGUUGGGAUUACCUUUUUAACAGCAUGCGUGGCAAAAACAAAAAACUGGAUGGGGGGAGGGGGAGAGAGGUGCGAACUUCCUUACUCCCCUUCGCCCAUCCCUUUGGACGCCUGCAACACAGGCUGCCUUUUAGACUCUAUGCCUUCUCGAUAUUGAUGCAUGCGCAAGUUUCCUGACUACCACGCCGCUUUACUGAAUCAAAAUUCGAAUGACAUUUCAACCCUUUUUGAGGGUUUGGGGGGGGGGACGAGUCAGUGCAUCAGGAAUGUUGUCGAUCGCAUCAUGUAAUUUCAGCCUGAAACCUUACUAUGCAUCGCAUCCCUGAUUUAUAUAAUUUUAUUCUUAAUUCUCUUAAUUAUUCAGAAGCACCAACUCUCCACUCUUCAAAACCCACAACCUCUUCGUCUUCCUCCAGACCUUCCUCACCAGACUCACCUUCGACCCAGUCAUCCGUGAAUUUUCCCAAUUCGGUUCCUCCCAGUCCCAACGUCCCUUUGCACGCCAAAGCGUCCACGCCAGUUGUCGUCACUUCCGUGUGUACGGUUAUUCUUGUGAUGACUGUCAUCGGCAUCAUAUUUUUACUCAUGCUGAGAAAGCGGCGUCGAUGUUAUCAAGGCUGGUCAGUGAGAGGAUAUCGUGAACAGUUAAACGAGUUAGAGACUACGGUCUCCUUAAGAACGUAA